UGUUGCGAAACGAUAAGAAAUCACUUCUGGGAAUAAUCUUUUUAGUUUUUUAAAAGAUUUUUAUUAAAUACGAAGGUUUUUUCGUAUUUUGGAAUAAAGAAAAGAAAAUUCCGGCAUUUGGGAAUUGAAAGCGAAGAUGAGCAAUUUGAGAUUUGCUGAAUUAAGAGAAUCGGCGUUGUUGAAAAGGGCUAAUACUUUGUUUCAUACUUAUAAUUUAGCGUCUUUUUGUGAUUUCUGGUUGUGAAUAUUGGAAAGCGUUGAUUUUUAACGUCAGCAGGGAAAAUUGUCCCUUCGAAAUAAACAAGGUCCCAGUUUAUGUACCUGUUUAAAAAAAUACUAGAAGAUGAAUAUUCAGUUCUUACUUCUUUGUCUACAAGUGGGGAUAGCCACUUCUGAAAAUAUCAAACGUUCCUUAGAUCCGUCAGAUAUAGGAAUAGUAAUUUUAAGCCAAUCUUAUCCAUAUCAUUCAGAACAUGCCAAAUUAUUAAAAAACGAUAUCAUUCGUCAAGCAGAACUUAUGGAAAAAGACCCACCCAAUGUAAUUUUUACUCACGAAUUGAAAAUUCCUGGAUCGUGGACAUUUUCUCCAUUAUUACCAUAUCUAUCUUCAAAUUAUUCAAAUAGCAAAUGGUUUAUAUUUUGUUUAGAAAAUACAGCUAUUAGAUUGCCAGAGCUUAUAAAAGUUCUCUCCAAGUAUAAUCCAAAAAAAAAUUUGUGGAUUUCUCAUGCUCUUACUGAUCAAGAGUAUACUAUAAGACAUCACUUUGCAUCUACGAAAAAUUUCCUCAAGUAUCCGAAUCACGCAUCAGGAUUUGCGAUCACAAAAAAAAUUUUGCAUGAGCUCCUUACAAAGGCCACAAAUUUUGAAGUAGAUUUUUCUAUAGAUCCUUCUUAUGAAUUUGCACUUGCAGUGUGGGAUGAGGGAAAAGGACAGAAUUUGACUCACUCUAGCGAAUUUUGUAUUGUUUCAAGUCUAGAAUGUGCUACUUAUCCAAAGCCAUUUCAUCCCUGUGGGGAAGCCGUACCUAAUAAAAAUAUCUACGUAGGAGUGAAAACUUGUAAGAAAUUUAAAGACGACAGACUUUCCGUUAUUCUCAAGACGUGGACAAGAUACGCUGUUAAUAUUGGAUUUUAUACUGAUGAAGCAGAUGAGAAUCUAGCAAAUUCUUACCUUGUUCCAAAAACUGAUAAAGGACAUUGUGCAAAGACGUAUGAGAUUUUGAAACACGCAUAUACAGUAAUGAAAGAGAAGAAAAUUGAUUGGCUUUUAAUAGCUGAUGAUGAUACCAUUUUGAGCUUGUCAAGAAUUCAAAAAUUACUAUCGUGUUACAAUCCUAAAGAUUUGAUAGCAUUGGGGGAACGUUACGGUUUUCGGAUAAAUUCAGAUGGUUACAAUUAUAUCACUGCUGGCGGAGGUCUAGUUUUAUCAGCCCCACUUGUUGAAUUAAUUAUCAAUUCAAAAGUGUGCAAAUGUCCAUAUCCAGACAUUCCCGACGAUAUGUUCCUCUUCGGGGAUUGUCUAAAACUUCUUCAAGUGGAAAUUAUUCACUCCCCUUCUUUUCAUCAAGCGAGACCAGACGACUAUACACCUGGAUAUCUUGCUUCGCAUGAAGCAGUUUCGUUUCACAGUUUCUGGAAUAUUGAUCCUGAGGAAUUGUACAAAAUAUGGUUUUCUGAGGAUGAUCGACAAUUUUUUGAAUCUCAAACUCACACUGAGCUGUAAUUUUAUUAUCAUUUACAGUUUAGUCUAAGAGAAUCAAACUUAAUUUGAUAUUUAAAUAGAAGGUAUAGGAUCAACAAGAGAGUACAAAAGACUUUUUUUUAAUUGCGGUAAUUUUUAAAAUUUGUGAUAAAAUGGCAGCCAUCUACAAAAAGUUGAUA